AUGACUGAAUAUGAAUUUUAUUAUGAUCAAUAUCGACGUAUGCAAAGAAAUCCAUCAGUUAUUCAAAGAGAUUUAAUUGAUUAUCAUUCGACAGUAUCGGCAUCAACAUAUAAUGCUUGGUCUAUAGCUGAAAAACAACGACCUGUUACAACAACUUAUAUUGAUGGAAGCACAUUAUUAGGUCUUCAUGAACGUCCAUAUAAUAUGAACGGUUUAUUUCCAAAAGGAAAAAGUCGACGAAAACCAUCUGUUACAUAUGAAAAAAAAAUAAAUACAGGUGAUAUUUAUAUGUCAUUAGUACCAGCUGAAAAAUCAAUUCUUGAUACAUCAACAAUUCGAUCAGAAAAACUUCGAUCACCAUUAUCAAUGGCUACAGCAACACAAUCAUCAAUUUUACCUGAUGUAAGACGAAAAAGUAGUGGUAUACAAAGUACACGAAUAUAUAGUGCAACAAUAUUUGAUGAUGAUAAUAGUGAAGCAAAAUUUUAUGGACGUUGUGCAACAACAAAUGCUAAUGGUGCUUGGGUACGACGAUAUAAAUCUAUAAAUGAAUCACAAAUAUUAACUAAUUUAUUACGUGAUCAAACAAAUAGAGAUAAAACUUUACUUAAAAAACGAUCAUGUCAUCAAUUAUUUCAUUCAUCAUCUAUAACAUCACCAUUUACUUCUUCAUUAAAUAGACGUAGACGAACAAAAUAUUGA